UUCAGGAGAUGGUGGAAAGAUAUAUUUUGUCAAGAUUACAGUCAAGGUUGGAGGAGGCACUGGAAAGGCAGCCCUUGGACCUGGAUUAUGUGGACUUUGUGUGCAGAAGCGAUUCGCACUUAAUUGCUUCACUGGGCUCCUACAUCAGUAUUUCACCUGAGGUACACAAUGCUAUUCUCCAGCUGCUCACGAUUUUGAAUGACCACCUUGACAACAGAAGAACAGCUGUUUUAGUGGAGCAGGCAUCAGGAGAGAGAGGUCGUCCAAGGCUGACAAUUUCACAGAAUCACCUGUUGGACUUGAUCGAAACUGACCUCUCAAUUCCCUGCAUUGCCACACUGCUUGGUGUGUCGCAGUCUACUAUAAAGCGCAGGAUGAUGCAGUGGGGCAUAAAGAAAAUGGACCGGUACAGCUCUAUGUCAGAUGAGGAGCUUGACCACCUCAUCUCUCGAAUUAAAGAGGGCUCCCCCAAUUUAGGUACCAGGAUGGUAAAGGGCCAGCUGAUGUCUUUAGGGCACAGGGUCCAGUGGUCAAGGGUGUGGGAAUCUAUGCAUCGGGUUGAUGGCAUUGGAGUAGUGCAGAGAAUGAUGAGGCUGGGAUGUGUUGUGAGAAGGACCUAUAGUGUCCCAGCUCCUCUCUCACUACUUCAUGUGGACACAAACCACAAAUUAAUCAGAUACGGAAUGGUGAUCUUUGGAGGAAUUGAUGGAUUUUCAAGAAAGGUCCUGUACUUACACAUUGCCAACAACAACAGGGCAACAACAGCACUUCAGUUUUUCCUUGAGGCUGUUGACAAUCACGGCUGCCCAUCUAGGGUCAGGGGGGACCAAGGCGUCGAAAACGUAGAAAUAGCCCGCUACAUGUUUUCCGUCCGUGGCUGUGGAAGAGGGAGCUUCAUGUCGGGCAAAAGUGUACACAAUCAGAGGAUAGAGCGUCUGUGGCGUGAUGUUUGGACUGCUGUGACCUCCAACUUCUAUCAUGUCCUACACAGCCUGGAGGAGGAUAGCCUGCUUGACCCAUCAAAUUCUUCUCACUUGUUUUGCGCCCAGUUUGUUUUCUUGCCCAGAAUACAGCACUGUCUCGACACUUUCACAGAAGGGUGGAACAACCACCCCAUCCGCAGCGAGCGAAAUCUCACGCCAAAUCAACUGUGGGCCAUUGGCAUGAGGCAGAACACUGUAGCCCCCCCUGACAAUAUUGAGGAAAUCCAUAUGCAAGACAUAGACGUCACAGAAAUGGCAGGUGAUGGAGUGCACGUGCCUGAGCUGGUGACUCCACUCAACAUUGAAAACCUGUGGCAGGUUUUUGACCCCAAUGGUCCAUCGCAGUACUUUGGGGCAGACAUUUACUCUGCAGUUGUCCACCAUGUCGAGAAUGUGGUCAACGUCUGAGGUUGAACUGAGAUGCAGUUUACAACAAGAUGCAACGAGGAUACGCAGGUCGGCUACCCCUUCCCCCUAUGAACAGUCACUUAACAUACAAAAUACUUAGGGUAAGACAGUCCAGAACACUAGCGGCCCUGGGGAACAACACCUCAGCUGUGUCUGGCCUCUCCUUUAGCAUAGGUAGCACAUUGGUCUCCUUCAAGCCCUUCCGGAUUUGUUUAACCUGCCUGGAACGUCUCACUAGCACCUGGGGAAGCCAGAGAAUUCAAUAAACCUUUAAUAUACUUGCAUUUUGUCAAAUACUACUUUCCUAAUGUUUUUCUAUCUUUCCAUUCUUUGUGACCAUAACGCCAAUCAAGAUUUCAAAAAUGUCCCCAGAAUGAAGCAAUAUACAUACAGUAAGUGCGACAUAGCUUAAAGGUACACCGUGCAAGAUUUUUAGUUGUUUAUUUCCAGAAUUCAUGAUACCCAUUCACUAAUGUUACCUUUUUCAUGAAUACUUACCA